AUGGAGACAGUCGAGGUGCAGGAGUCGGUAAAGGACCUAACCAGGGAAGACUACGAUGAGAAGUUAGUGCAGUUGAACAGGCGAUUGGCCGCAGCCAGAGCCGAGCACCGCCAGGCCAGUGAUGCCCUGGACACGGGCGAGGCCGAGUACAUCAGUACCAAGGAACGGCGUGAGAUGGUGCUCGGUGAGAAUGGCCGCCUGAUUACGGAACGCCAGCAGUCCGUGGACAGGCUGAUGGACGAAAAACAGCGGCUAGAGGCCGAGGUGAACAGUUAUUGGACCCACUUAGACGCGCUGUUCGAACGCAGGCAGGUCCAAUACGAUCAGAUGUUGACGCGCCUGAAAGGGGACACAGACUUCGUCAGAACCAGGUACGAGGCCGCCACCCAGAGGAUCGAGCAAAGGGCUGCCAUGAUGGACAAGAUCACUCGGGCGUUGGAGAAUACGAGCAACCUUAAGCAAAAACAACAAGAAGGUAUGUACGCCAACAGACAGAUAUUGGUGUGCUCAAUGUACGAAUACACCGAGGAAUUAGAGAAAUAUAUCGGGAAAUACUUUGAAACAAUCUUACUUGGCAGAUCCGAUAUACGCAAUCAGCAAUUAAUACAAAACAUAAAGGAAUACUAUAGUGUUUUUGAGCGAUUCAACGAAUACAGAAGAAACUAUAUACCACCUAGUAAAUAUCAGGAAUUGGACAAACUAUACGAACAAAAAAUCAAAAUAAUAGUAGAACUGGAGAUAAUUCAAGCAAAGAAGAGGGCCGAAAUGUUGAAAAAAAAAAAUUUCGUGCCGGAGAAAACCGUAGAUCUUCAAAAACAAAGCAGUAGUAAAAUUGAUAUGCAAAAAGAAAAUUCAAAGCAUGAAGAUGAACUGUCUGCGGAGUUGGAACGCCUUAGAGACGUUAUUCAACUAAAAAGAAAACUAAUAGAAAACACCACACAACAGGUCAUAACAGAAAAAGAAUCACAAGAUUGGAAGUGCAGUUAUUUAAAAGAAAUGUUUGACGAAAUUAGAACAAUCGCAAAUAAAGCAAAUCAAUACAUAACCGAUGAAGAACAACCAACGUCGUAUGACCAGACGAACUUUGAAUGGUUAUUGAACAGAGGCGCAGUCAGACAUUUUUCUACUUGCAAGACAGCGUACAUACAGACAUACGAUUAUGACGUAGAAUUGAACAUAGAUCGAACAAUUACAGAGUGUGAGGAAUAA